ACAGCAUAGAGUUGUAGGGCAAACUAAUCAAACUUCAAUCUUAAUCUCGCAACCAGCAUUAUGUCGAACUACCGUCCUCGAGGAGCGAUUGCCAAAGUAUUUUUUGACCGUAUUCACAACGAUGAUGUUAUACAGCAGAUCGAUAUGACCACGUGGUAUACCAUGGGGAAAUUGCCUCGCAAAUAUGGAAGCCUUUACCGUCACCUUAACGGACCGGACGAGCUUACACUCGAGUGGUUGGAACGGUCGAAAAAAACGUCCGGUCGGAUUUGGUUGCAGCUGUGCCACGAAGUAGCUAAACUCUUCCUCAACAUGUUCAUGACCCAGACCGAUAUCAAUGGUUUCCUGAAGCGUGGGUCCAUGUUCAUCCUGUCCGAGCUGCAGUUUGACGAGUUUCUUACGGCCGGUGGCUUUUUUCAGCAUCGCGAAAGGCAAUCAGCGCUUAACGUUUGCGACAUUGGUGCCGGUGAUGGAGAGGUCACGUUACGUUUGGUGCGCACCUUGCAACAGAAGCGCAGCUGGCAGGUUACGACGUACGCAACAGAAUCUAGCUGGACGAUGAGGAAUCGGUUGAAUGAGAAGAGUUUCAUUGUGCUGGAAACUCUGAACCAAAUUCACCAGGCGGAUCUCAUCGUAUGUUUUAACGUGCUCGAUCGAUGCUUCGAUCCGCAUCUUAUGCUAAGUGAUAUAUACGAAUCGUUAGAUCAGACGGGAUUUGCGCUGAUAGCGCUGGUGUUGCCAUACAGUCACUAUGUGGAGAAAAAUUCCAGCCAUCUGCCGUUAAGGACACUGCUAGAACCGUGGCCCCCGGAGAAGCGGCUCACAGUGGAGGAGGAAUUAGAAAUGUUCUUCGAUGUGCUGCAGGCGGUAGGAUUCAAAAUACGGAGCUGGACCAAAGCGCCCUACCUGUGCGAAGGUGACCUGCGCCAGUCAUUCUACUGGCUAACUGACUACGUUGUACUGUGUUCAAAAUAAAUGUGCAAUCAUUCCAGUUAAACAUAAAAAGAA